CAAGAUCGUGGUCCUGCCCCAUCAGAAAAGAGGGACCUCAUGUACUUUUGCACCAUAGGGGAUAUCAUUUUCAAUGCCCAAUACCCAGAGCUGCCCCCUGAUUUUAUCUUUGGAGAGGAUGCUGAAUUCCUGCCAGACCCCCUGGCUCUGCAUAACCUUGCCUCCUGGAACCCUGCAAACCCCGAGUGCCUCUUACUUGUGGUGAAGGAGCUUGUGCAGCAGUAUCACCAGUUUCAGUGCAGCCGCCUCCGUGAGAGCUCACGCCUCAUGUUCGAGUACCAGACGCUCCUGGAAGAGCCUCAGUACGGAGAGAACAUGGAAAUCUAUGCUGGGAAGAAGAACAGCUGGACUGGUGAAUUUUCAGCUCGUUUCCUUUUGAAGUUGCCAGUGGAUUUCAGUAAUAUUCCCACAUAUCUUCUCAAGGAUGUAAACGAAGAUCCUGGAGAAGAUGUGGCCCUCCUUUCGGUCAGUUUUGAGGACACUGAAGCCACCCAGGUGUACCCCAAGCUGUACUUGUCUCCCCGAAUUGAGCAUGCGCUGGGUGGCUCUUCAGCUCUUCACAUCCCAGCUUUUCCAGGAGGCGGUUGUCUCAUCGAUUAUGUUCCUCAAGUGUGCCACCUGCUUACCAACAAGGUGCAGUAUGUGAUUCAAGGAUAUCAUAAAAGAAGAGAGUAUAUUGCUGCUUUCCUCAGUCACUUUGGCACAGGUGUCGUGGAAUAUGAUGCAGAAGGUUUUACAAAACUCACCCUGCUGCUGAUGUGGAAAGAUUUUUGUUUCCUUGUGCACAUUGAUCUGCCUCUCUUCUUUCCGCGAGACCAGCCAACCCUCACAUUUCAGUCCGUCUAUCAUUUUACCAACAGUGGACAGCUUUACUCCCAGGCCCAAAAAAAUUAUCCAUACAGCCCCAGAUGGGACGGAAAUGAAAUGGCCAAAAGAGCAAAGGCUUAUUUCAAAACCUUUGUCCCUCAGUUCCAGGAGGCCGCGUUUGCCAACGGAAAGCUCUAGGAAACACCGGUGGUGAGAGGGGGCCAGCCAACCUGCUCGGUCCACAUGCGUGUCAGCAUACAUGGCUGCUUCCUGGAGGCCACCUGGACCCCUUCACUGCAGUGUUCUGCUCACACAGCAACUCUGUGCCCAGGGCAGUCAGUCUCCAGCUGCCUGGUGGUACCCUGGAUCCUAGCGCCCCUCGCUGCUGGCUGUUCCCUCUUCUUUCGUUAGAUUUCUUAGGUGGAAGAAAUAAACUCACAAGUCAUGAUACAGUAAUUUGCCAGGGAAGGUAAAACAUCAUAAACGUACACACCCUCCUUCCAAAGCCUUUGUCUCAGACUUCUGUUAAGUUUUAAGGUCGAACACCCCUUGGCUUCUCCCACUGAAAUUAGUGCCGUGCGUGCAUGUGUGUGUGUGUGUGCGCGCGCUGUACUCCAAUAUUUCCACUGGGCAGUCCUCCAGUGCAGACCUGCAGGGUCCAGACACCCAUACAGCCAGGCUCCAGGCUGGCACUCGGGAAUGAAUAGGUUCUAGCAUCCACCCCCCAGCUCCUGUGGUCCACGUGCAGUCCAUCCUCACAUGGUGGAAGGAUGGGGGCCAUCAGGGUUUGCUGCAUGUACCAGGUACAGUCCCUGAUAGGAGUUUCUGGGGCUCAUGCAGCACUGUGUGAAUUCACAUGAAAGUCAAAGGUCAGGGCCAUAGGUUACUACUGGUAUGUAUCUGGUAUCUGGACUCAGGCUGGCCACUGAGC